AUGACCGAAAACGCAACUAUGGACCUAGAAAUAUCAAUCGUGGAAUCAACCAGACUCAUCACCCCCAGCGAAGAACAAGCACUUCCUCUCUCUCUUCUCGACUGCACAGCGGCCAACUUCUCAAACGCAAGCGCCAUAUGGCUUUUCCAAAAGCCAACCCCUCCACCGGGUGAUACCUUCAAUCUCGCAUGCCAUCUCCGCGAAUCUCUCGCCCACACUCUACAAUCAUAUCCACAAUGGAUGGGUCACCUCAAGGCUGUUGAAUCCACAGAUGGAACCGUCCCUCCUGAAGCGAAACACUUUCCUCCCCAUGCGCGACGCUUUGGACGCAUUUACGCACACUUUGGGACAGAGAAUGACCCUGGAGUCGAAUUCGUCCAUGCUAAAAGCUCAGCAACUCUCGACUCGUUAUAUCCCUCAAAUCGAAUUUCGAAGCAGCCCUCCUGGCUAUGCGACUCCAGUAUCUUCGCGAGGUUUAUGGCGCCUGUUCCUAUUUCCCAACCAUUGAAACACUCUAUAAAAGACGUCAAUGGACUGCUUUAUCCUCUCCUGGCUAUUCAAGUCACCGAGCUAGCCUGUGGUGGCUUUGUGUUAGCUCUGAACGGCGCACAUCCUCUUGCGGAUGCUAUUACUUUCAUAUCACUUCUCAAAGACUGCGCAUCUGUCAGCCGCUCUAUCUUAGAGGGACAGCCUGUAUCUCAUUCAAAGCCGGUAUUUGAUCACACUCUUAUCGAUGACAACGCCGCUGGAGACAUCAAUGCAAACCAACCGGAUGAAGUCAUUAUUCAACAAGCAUUGUCCUUACCAAUGAACAGGCAUGACUGGUGGGCACCAGGGUCAGCACCCCCUUGGCCAUUCAAGAUCCCAGCGCCUUUCGAUAUUAAAGACCUACAACCCGCAGGUAAGGCCAUGCCGUGGGCCGAAUGGGACUUUGCUUCGCCAGUUUCAAACUACGUUGUUCAUCUAAGCCGCGAACAAGUCAACUCCCUCUGGACCAAGGCCAACGAAAACUCACCUCAGAAACUCAGUCAGCACGACGCUAUCCUAGGCCACAUCUGGUCUUGCAUCGCCCGUGCUCGCGGCCUAGAAAACGACACCGAACUUAUCCAUUGCGAUCUCGUGUACGGAGUCCGCUCGUCAUUCCAACUCGACGACAGGUUCCUCGGAUCUCCGGUCGUCAUGAUGAACGUCGAGCUACCUGCUUCCAGAGUCUCUGACUCUAACAAUUUGACCGAGGUGGCAACUACAGUCCGCACCACCCUCAAGAAGAUCGCGGACCCCUCCAACCUGGCAGCCCAUCUACACGGCGUGGCCUUCGAGAAGUCCCCUCAACGGAUAUGGCAAGCCUUUUUGGGUCGACGUCACCUCAUAGUCACGACUUGGGCGCGAGCGGGGAUUUACAAUGUCGACUUUGGGUUUGGGUCUACCUGCAGUUACGCUGAAGGUGUGGUGCCUGAAAUGGAUGGUAAUGUUUUGAUCAAGGAAGCACCAGGGCCUCCUGCGAAGUACUGGACUGAUAAUGGCGUGGAUAUUUCUAUUCAUGUCAAGGCAAGCGAUAUGGAACGAUUGAUUAAAGACCCGCUGCUUCAUCCCCACGUUGUUUAG